GUUGCCUGUCUGAAGCUGUUGCAGCACUGCUGAAAAUGAGCUCUGACCACGGAAAGGUCUCGUCUGUGUCUACAGACCACACGCAUGAAGAACUGGAUCCUGACAGCGCUGCCAGUGAAGACACAAAACAGGGGACAGUCAUAUGCCUUAGCAACAAUGAGGUCAAGAGUCGUGCUGUAGUGAAGUACUCUGCAGCACCGCCUCCGGCUACCUAUGCACUGCUUCAGGAGAAGACCGAUCUCAAGUUGCCUCCAGCCAACUGGCUGCGAGAGAGUGCCCAGCUUGGCUCUGCUGGGACCACUAUGCUUGGCUCCAGCAGCAAAAGCAAGCCCUUUUCCAGCUUUGGCAUGGCCUAUGACUUCAUCGACUCCAUCGGGAAUGACGUUGAUGUGGUAUCUGAUUCAGAGAACAUUAAGAAGCUGUUGAAGAUCCCGUACAGUAAGUCUCAUGUCAGCAUGGCAGUGCAUCGGGUGGGCAGGACUUUGCUGCUAGAUGAACUCGACAUUCAAGAACUCUUUAUGCGGUCAUCACAGACUGGAGACUGGACAUGGUUAAAAGAAUUUUACCAGCGGCUCAUUGACCAGAAGUGGCAGAGAAAAAAGAAAAGUAAAGAGCACUGGUAUGAAAAGGCCAUUCUCUCCAAGUUCCUUUACUAUAGUAUAAAUGGAAAUGAUGUUGCCGAGCCUGUGCCUUCAGACACAGACGCCUGUGCUGAGGCGGAGGGUUGUGAAAGUGCAGAAUAUGGACCAUCCUGGCCUGCUACCUUCAAUAGCUCCACCACUGAAGCAGACCAGUCCACUAUUCCCAAGGAGGAGCGAGUGGGAAACACGUAUGCUCUUGGACAUGUCACCUCUGUUCUUAAAGAGCAGAACCUGCCCACACUGUUUAAUGAAGGAGAGAACAGCCAGGGCUUAAAGAAUGACUUUGUACGGAACAUCCUCUGGACGUUUGAAGACAUCCACAUGCUAGUGGGGUCCAACAUGCCCAUAUUUGGCGGAGGACGCUACCCAGCGGUCAGCCUGCGGCUCAGGGAUAAUAACAAACCAAUCAACAUCCUCACUGGUAUUGAUUACUGGUUGGACAAUUUGAUGUGCAAUGUGCCAGAGCUUGUCAUGUGUUUCCAUGUAAAUGGCAUAGUACAGAAGUAUGAGAUGAUAAAGACUGAGGACAUCCCAGAUUUGGAGAAUUCUACAUUUUCCACUCGAGUUGUGAAGGACAUUGCCCAAAAUAUACUUUCUUUUCUAAAGUCCAACUGUACCAAAGAGGGACACACCUAUUGGCUUUUUAAGGCCAGUGGAAGUGACAUUGUAAAGCUGUAUGACUUGACUACUUUGUGUGAGGAGGCACCUGAAGAGAAAUGUCAGAAUCCCUUUACUCUGCCUGUAGCUGUGCUGCUUUAUAAGGUGGCCAGCAAUAUGAUGCUGAAAAAGAAUAGGAAACACUAUGGGACCAUCAGGACUCUGCUGCUCAACUGUAUUAAACUGCUGGAUGAAGAGAAACACCCUCAGAUCAUUGCCUCUGCUCAUUACAUGCUGUCAGAGUUAUUCCACCUGGAUGACUCAAGCGAGGACGAGGAAGGCAACGGAGAGUCUCUGCGGAAUGGAGGCUCAGAAGACAGCUACAGUGAAGAUGAAGAGGAUGAUGAGGAAGAUGAGAGCUGUUCCUACACAUCAUCUGAACCCCUGCAAGACUGCAAAGCUGUGGCUGUCAUUAAGUCUGUAGGGGAGCUGUCUGUUCCUGAAAAGUACAAGUCCACUCACAAAAUUAGACCCAACUGCUCAUUUCCUGUGUCCCAAGACAAAGAAGAGAAAUGUAGACUGGUCCUUAGCUAUGUCUUAAAGGGGCUGAAAGCAGUAGACAGCAGCAUAAAGAAGGAGAGUGACCUGCCGGCAGCUGACCCCAACACUCCCAUUCCUCUGAAAUAUGAAGAGAGUGGGGCCAGGGCUGUGGAGAAAGAGAUUGCUCUGCUGCUGGAUAGAGCUGCUCCAUGUGGUGAGGGGCUCAAGUUACCCAUGCGUUCUGGCAUGCUGCCUGGCUCCUGGCAACACCAAAUGAAGCUGCAGCUCUUCUUGAAGGCCUCUAAAGCCUACUACGUGCUGGCUGAAGCCGCCACCAACCUGCUGAAGUAUGGCCGUGCACUGCGCUACAUCAAAUUGGCCUUACAGUGCCAUGAUGCAUAUUGUGCUAUAAGCAGUGGGCUGUACCCACGUGUUUUGCUGUUUCACAGUCAGUGUCUGUAUCUGUGUGGGGAUGUGCAACUGAUGCUAGCCCAGAAUGCCUCAAACAGAGCUGCCUAUCUGGAAGAGUACAACUACCAGACCAAAGAGGACCAGGAGAUUCUUCAUUGCCUGCACCGUGAGAGCUCCUGUCAAGCCUUUAAUAUGGCCACUGACCUGGCCACUGACCCUGAGUACCAGCUGUUUGUCAGCAGUAAGUGUUAUGAAGCUGCCCAUGACCUUUUAACUUCUGAAGCGUUGAAGGACCUGGGCCAAGAGCAACUGGCUCAGGUUCUGAAGCGGCUCGGCAACAUCCGCAAUGAGAUGGGUGUGUUCUAUAUGAACCAAGCUGCAGCUCUGCAGACAGAGAAAGAAGGGGUGCGCAGGACUGUGUGUGCUGCAGAGCAGGAGCUGUGGAAGAAAAGUUUCUCGUAUUUUGAGAAGGGUAUGCAGAACUUUGAAGCCAUCUCUGACUCUGUAAAUAAAGCCCUGCUGCUGUGCAACAUCGGCAGACUGAUGCGCAUAUGUGCCCAGGCCCACUGUGCCAUGACCACAGAGGAGAGCCGAGGAGAGUUUUCACCUGAAGAGGCUCUUUACUACAACAAGGCUGUAGAUUACUAUCAGAGGGCCAUGAAGUGUCUUGGCAGCAGAGAAAGCCAUACAGCAGUGUGGGACUCUGUUAACUGGGAGCUUUCCACCACAUACUUCACUCUGGCUACACUACUGCAAGACUACGCUCCACUGUCCCGCAAAGCCCAAGAACAGAUUGAGAGGGAAGUGACAGAGGCUAUGAUGAAGUCUCUGAGAUAUUGUGACCUCCAGACAGAGUCAGCUCGUCAGCCACUCUACCAGUACAGAGCAGCAACCAUCCACCAUAGACUGGCCUCUAUGUAUCACAGCUGUUACCGCAACCAGGUUGGUGAUGAGAGUUUGCGGAAGCAGCACAGGUCUCUAGCAGAGCUCCAUUACUCAAAAGCAGUGCGUCUGUUCCUCAAUCUGAGUGAUGCACCCUGUGAGCUGCUCCGCACACUGCUAGAGAGAGUGGCCUUUGCAGAGUUCACCAUGGCGGGACAGAGUAGUAGUGCGGUGAAACUGAAAACUCUGACAGGUGCUCUAGAGAUCAUGAGGGAGACUUGCAGUGCUUUCAGACUAAUCCACAAAGAGCUUCAGGAUCAACAGCAGAAAGAGGCAGCAGCGCCAGAAGACACAGUUAAUCCUGAUAAAUCCAGUGAGGCCUUUGAUAGCCCUACUUCCUCAGGGCUGAACACAGAGGAAGUGAUGAAGCUGAUUGGUGUCUUUGAGCCCAGUUUCUCCUUCCUGCUAUUGCAGCUGGUCAAACUCAGUACCACCAGCAAACGCAAAUCCAGUAGCAGUAAAGAAGAAGAACAGGUGAAGCUCUAUAAGCAGGUAUACUCGAGGCUGUUGCGAGCAGAAAAAAAUGCCCCCCUGAUCCAGAGAAUUGGCCUCUAUUUGGAACUUCUUGAACAACUCAGCCCACCAGCAGAAACAGAUGAAACAGGACCAUCAGUCUGAGGGUGCUACUCAAAUGUGACUCAUCCAGACUGUUUGAUGAAAUGUUGAUGAAGAGGAGACAAGCUUUUUUUGAACAGGACUCUUUUUUUUUUCAUUGUAACCUGGCAAUGUGAAUACAAAUCCUCACAAGCAGUACCUUGUUCUCUCACUCACUAGAUCUUCAUCCUGGCAUGGCCACUUUUGUUUUAUAAUGGAACAAAUACUGAUGAAAGUUUGUUUUGCAGCUGAGGGUAUUUUUGUGUGUGUGUGUGGUGAUUUUUUUUCUGAAGAUGACUAAUGCGAACCAGUGAAACUUUUUUGAAUGAGAGAAAAGACACUUCAUCACUGUUUUACUGCUGCAUACAUAGCUCCCAUUUGUUGAAGCUGCUGAAGGGUUACGAUUUUCAGAAAUAAACUGAAAAAUGACCAUGUGCAAUAAAAAGGCAAUAUUCAGGGCACGCUCCAUUUAAAGAGCUUUGUCCAGGUUACAGUGUUUUGUAUGAUUGUGAAUGCUUGACUUGGCUGUUAAGAUUCUUUAUUAAAAUUUUGGAAGCUAUUUUAUAAGCUUA